AUGAGUAGUCGACCAAAGCGCGACGCUAGUUAUGCUUCAAAUCGCCUAACGAGAGGCAAUGGCCCAGGAGGACACCUAUUGUCGACAUUCAAUAAGCCAGAAUCUCCCAACGACACCGAGUCUGAUAUCCAACCUAGUAUCGAGAAACCCACGCAAUCAUACGAACCCGCGAUAGAUGACGCACCACUUAGCUCGGAAGAUGAAGAGGCAGACAAUGAUAGCGAUGCCUCUCAAGGUCGCAGGAACGACCGAACAAACACAACCAUGGAGCAGAGGCUGGCGGAUGACUAUGUUAUCUCGCAAGGCAGUCCGCAGAAUUAUAGUGGAUCAUACCACAAAAGCACGUUUGUGCGUACCAACGGUGGCAUGAGUGAUGAAGAGAACAAUCCGCAUUUUAUGUCUUCGCAAAGCUCCAAGCGCAAGCGGGCCACGUACGCGAAACCCCAACCACUUUCAAGGCAUUCAAGUGUAAGCAAGCCGCCAGCUGCGAGCGGUAAAACCUCGCCCGCAAAAAGCAAGACACUGAAGUCUAGCGCGAAGCAACCAGACAAUGCGAACAAAGAACCGGAGGAACCUGAGGAACCUGAAGUGACGUUUAAAAUGCCUAAGGAUUUGCCUUCUUCGAGCCCUAGGAGAUCUUUUGCUGGCAGAAGGAAGAACGGAGCUUCGGAAAACAUACCUCCUCCUAUCUUGCCCAAUGAAUCUUUCUCUGCGUCUUCAUUUGGCACUUUAUCUUCCAAAGAACAGCAGCUGUUACUGCAAGACAGCGACUCGUCCCUUAACAGCCCGCUCAGCUCACCAUCAAGUUCUAUGUGCGAGGAAAUGUCUCAACUCGAGGACCGACAACCAUCUUCAGCUCAAAAAGCCCUGUGUCCAAUGUGUAAAGCAGAAGUCGACCGGGAGAUGCUAAAGCUGUUCGAAGCACAGCCGAAACAACGUAUUCGUGAACAACAACAAUUCUGCGCAUCUCACCAGGAGCGCAGUGCGAUGAGAGAAUGGGAAGCAAAGGGAUAUCCCGAAAUCAAUUGGGACACGUUCGACGAGCGACUUCAGGGCCACUUCCCUGAAUUGGAAAAGCUACUUGUUCCCGAUACUUCGUGUUAUUAUCGGAAUAUUCUUGAUACUAGCAUGAAGUCUGGACAGGCGAAGAACUUCCGUUUGACCUUGGAUGGCGAUGGACUUGAAUCGAUUACUUGUGGUUAUUAUGGGACAAAGGGUGCAGGUAAAAUGUUGCAAGCUGUGAUUGACCGAUUCUCUUUGCGACUCCGUCGUCUGGCAACGUCGGAUCAUAUCGCCAAGACUGCCGGUGUGGCUGGCUACGCACAAUCUGUUCUUGUGCCUGAAUUGGCGGUAAGAUUAGUGAAGGAGGAUAUGAAUGUCAGCGAUGAGGCUGCACGUCAGAUCUUGAGGGAGAGUAUUGAGAUUGGUGAGAGACUCAACCCGGCGUUGAAUGAUGUGAUACCGAUUCCGGAUGAUGUUGAUCUUUGA